CAGAGUUCUAUGCUUCUUCUUCAUCAAUGGCUUCCAUUAGUAGCUUACACAGAUGGGCAUCUAAUCAACACUCUCGUCUUCCUCGAAUCACUUCUAUUUCUGAGGCUGACCAAUCUCGACCCAUUAACCAAGUCGUCGCCUUUUCGGUUCCUAUAUCCAGAAGAGACGCGAGUAUUAUUCUUCUCAGCUCGAUUCCAUUGACAAGCUUCUUCGUUCUAACACCGAGCUCUUCCGAAGCUAGAGAGAGACGUAGCAGAAAAGUUAUCCCUCUCGAGGAAUAUUCCACUGGCCCUGAAGGGUUGAAAUUCUAUGACAUUGAGGAAGGCAAAGGUCCAGUAGCAACAGAGGGAUCAACUGCUCAGGUGCAUUUUGAUUGCCGUUACAGAAGCAUCACUGCAAUUUCUACCCGAGAAUCCAAGCUUUUAGCUGGAAACCGUAGUAUUGCUCAGCCUUACGAGUUCAAGGUGGGAUCUACGCCAGGAAAGGAAAGGAAGCGUGAAUUCGUUGAUAAUCCAAAUGGGUUAUUCUCUGCACAGGCUGCACCAAAACCUCCUCCAGCAAUGUAUUUCAUUACCGAAGGAAUGAAAGUCGGAGGCAAGAGAACGGUGAUUGUUCCUCCUGAAGCUGGUUAUGGUCAGAAAGGAAUGAAUGAGAUACCGGUGAGAACCUACUACAAAUUGUAUAUGAGGAAAGCUCCGUUUUUUGCUGAAAACUAAUUACAAAAUGUAGUAUAAUGCUUGUUUCGGGUUUAAGAGAUAAUAAAAUCAUGUAUGUUGUUGCAGCCUGGAGCUACUUUUGAGUUAAACAUAGAGCUGCUUCGGGUGACUCCUCCACCAGAAGAGAAGUGAACGCUAAUAAGAGAAGUUUGAAGCUUCAAGCAUUGUCCCAACAUUUGUGUAAAGAUGACAAAGGAGAAAAGAGAGAAAGAUGUAAAUUUUGGAGUUUUUAGUUUGUGUCUGGUUGGUUAUACACCAAACUCUGGUACAGUUAAAUAACCGGUAUAUUUGUUGGACUAAAAUUUGUUAAAAGUAUAUAAUUCUUACGUGGCAGCUUCUAGUUGGCUA